GUUUUCACACUGCCCAGGCCUGGGGGACCUACCUAUACUCCUCACAACCUCUGUACCUGGCAUCAGCAAAGGGUCUUCCUGGCGCCUCCAUGGGUUCCAUCUACAUUAAGGAGCUAAGUUAUGGAAGGAUAUGAGGCUUUCCUUCACUGGCAUAAAUUUUUUGACAUAGUAUGAGACGCUGAAGUAUUAUGGAAGGAAGUCCAACCUGGAGAUCAGACCUUGAACACCUCAAUUCAGUUUAUUCCCUACCUGUUAUAGAUCAGAACCCAAGGCAUUAAAUGCCAUGAUUCUGUAAAACGGAAGUGGGUUUCCCUAGUCGUCUGGGAUGGACGCCAUCUGACCUGGAAGGAGUACAGUGUAGCUCCAGAGCACUGAAUUGGGAUCAGGGGUCCCUGUCCUGUCCGUUCUCGUCUGUGUAUAACUUUGGACGAACACCUAACCCCGAACUCAGUCUGUCUCUGAGUACUCUUUUAUGGCAUCUCCACGGAGCUGGCAUCGCCUACACUGUGGAUACUCCUCUUUACCAGCGAGCGUACUUCUCCCAGAGGGAGCUUCUUUUAUCCUUGGCUAGGCCUGGUGUUGGCUAAAUUUGUGGUUUUAAGAAAACCCGAGCCUGCAGGCAGCCGCCCUGGGAGAAGCCCUUUCCGUGGGCAGUCGGAACCUUCUGGACCAGAGGAGAAGCCGUCCCCUCACCUGGACUUAUGACCCGCGGCUUCGCCCCCAGCCUGCCCGCCGAGGUCCACAAGAUGGGCUCCUUCCGCAGGCCCCGGCCGCGCUUCAUGAGCUCCCCGGUGCUCAGCGACCUGCCCCGAUUCCAAGCCACCCGCCAGGCCCUGCAGCUGAGCUCCAACUCGGCCUGGAACAGCGUGCAGACGGCUGUGAUCAACGUUUUCAAAGGCGGAGGCCUGCAGGGCAACGAGCUCUAUGCACUGAAUGAAAACAUCAGAACCAGCUUCUUGCGAAAGGACUGCUGUUUGUGGAGGAGAAGAUUAAGCUGUGCGAAGGGCCAGGAGCUGACCAUCCGCCAGAUCUCCCUGCUGGGCUUCCGUGACCUGGUCCUGCUGAAGGUGAAGCUGGGCGACCUGCUGCUGCUGGGCCCGUCCCAGCUGCCCCCGUCCAUCGUCCAGAUGCUGCUCAUCCUGCAGAGUGUUCAUGAGCCCACGGGCCCCAGCGAGGGGUGUUUGCAGCUGGAGGAGCUGGUGAAGCAAGUGGUCUCUCCUUUCCUGGGCGUCAGCGAGGACCGCGGCGUCUCGGGCCCCACGUACACGCUGGCCAGGCGCCAUUCCCGGGUCCGGCCCAAGGUCACGGUCCUGAACUAUGCCUCCCCAAUGGCCACCGGCGGCCGGCCCCUGAAUGAGAUGGCCCUGACCCCUCUGACGGAGCAGGAGGGGGAGGCCUACCUGGAGAAGUGUGGCAGCGUCCGGCGGCACACGGUGGCCAACGCCCACUCGGACAUCCAGCUGCUGGCCAUGGCCACCAUGAUGCACUCGGGCCUAGGCGAGGAGCCCAGGGCCGAGGACCAGUGCCUGCUCCUGCCGCCCCGCUUCUCGCCGCCCCACCGCCAGUGCUCCAGCGAGCCCAGCAUCACCGACGGCCCCGAGGAGCUGGAGGAGGUGGCCGGGGGCUGCCCGGAGGACUCGGAGCCCAACUGUGCCUCCCUCAGCUGACUGCCCACCGGGGCACCUCCCAGCUCUGCCCAGCAGCCAGCCUGAGGACAGCCCCAUCCUGUGACUCACCAGCGGGCGCUUCCUUGGGGGCAAGGCUGCCUCGUGUCUUCUUGGGGACAAGCCUAGUCUGAGUGCCCGGGGGGAAAUCCCUGUUGUCAACCUCUCCGUUUUUGUGCCUGUGACCUCCUGUUUGCAGCCACGCAGACCCAGCGGCCUGGUGCCCACUUUCUGAUUUCCAGCCUGGCCUGCCUGACCUGGGGUUCAUCUCUGGGCUUCCCCCCUCAGAUCCUGGACUGCCCAAUGCCCCCCAGGACACAGCCCGGUGCCCUUGGCGUUGCUGUGGCAGGAGGCUGUCUGGGCCACGCCUAGAGCCCAGAAGGAUGUGCGGGAGUUCCCCACUGGGUCUGGUGAUGCAGAGGUGUGUGGGUGAAAGGUACCUCUCCUUCCCUGUUUGUGGGGAGUGAACGGAGACGCAGCCCCUAUCCAGCAGGGCCCUGGGAAAGCGCCUUCCUCCUUUUAGUUUCAGGAUUACAGGGACAGAGUUGCCCCCUGGUGCUGAGGGUCCCCUACAUCACAUCUUCACAGCGUCACAUCCCGGAAGCCACCAGGUUGGAUGAAGCCUCUGCAUUUCCCCCCAGGCUUCCUCCCAAACUCACAGAACCAGCCUCCCUGGGGGCGUCGCCUUCCUCCCUCUCUGACGUCAGAAACUGACCGUUCUCCUGUUGUGGGUGAAGGGCCAAAGGGCCGGCUGAUACCAACCAACUAAUCUUGUUCCUGGAUUUGACUUGAAUUUUUAAAAUGUGCGUCGUUUCAAAACCCAUUGUUUGCGAAUAUUUGCACGGAGGGUCUCGCACUGCUCCUUCCCACUGGAGUGUGUCUUCAGCACCCUCCGGGAAAGGGGACGGAGCGUUUGGGGGGUGAAAGGGAUCCGCCGUGGGCAGGGCUCAGGGGCUGCAGAACUCCGGAAGCAGCUGGGCUGGGAUCCGGAAUGGCCUGUGUUUGUGAGUGUCGUGGUUUGUAGGAGGAGCCGCAGUGAGGUAGGGAGACAGCUGCCUCCUGAGCAGAGGCUGUAGCAAUGGAAUGUCUCGGUGCUUUACCGUGGGGACGGGGGGAGAGUAAGGUGGGAGUAUAUAGGACCUUUUGGAGAGAUGUUCAUUUCCUGUGAAUACAGGGAAUUCAAAUGCCUGGAAUUUCUAACCCCUGAGGCCUCCAAAUGCCUUUCAUAGCGUGCUGUCUCCUUACGGCUGCUGCCAGGGCUGGGUUUCUGUCCACCAGGAACCUCUGUUCUCUUUGUCUUUGCCUAUUGGCCCCACUCGGAACAGCUCCAGAAGGGAAGAGAAGGCUCCCUGGGACCCUUCUGGCACCUUCCGGGUAUCCUGUUAGGCUUGGAAAGUUUGUUAAUAAAAAUCUCAGAGGGGAGAGCCAGCUUGGCUUCGAAUGAGGCGGGAGGAGGCCACGGGGGGAUGAGGGCAGGUUCGCCACCAGCAGGGGAAGGGCCUUCUGAGCGCCUCUGAGCCUGGACAGCAUUCCCCUCCCGGGCGGAGAUCCAAACCAUGACCCGAGCUGUGCUCUGGGUGGCUGCUAAUUUGGAGCUUGUGUUUUAACAAGUUGUUUCAUGUUCAUCCUUCCACGAGAGUGACGGGAAAUCUGAGAACGUCAAACAAACAACCAAAAUCUCGGUGGGUGUGCGGCAUAAAACCCACACGUUGGCGGAUGUGCGUUAGCAGACGGAGCAUCAGUAGGUAACAGCACGGGAUGUGCUUACUGGAUGGCUUCGGUCCGUUAGCACACGGAACACUUGAGACUGGGCUGUAUUGAUCCAGGCAAAGUAAUUAAUCAUGCUUGGGUUUGUUUGUGGGCUUUUGGUUUGUUUUUUUCAUUUACAACGUUAGCACUGCAUACUUGUUUCAAUGCCUUUUCCAUAUAGUAAGUGGCCCCGAUGCAGAUAGCGGUCAACGAAACACGUGCGCU